AUGGCAGAGAACAAAUUCAAAACUAUUGACAAGGAUAGCUUUCCCUACAUCUUUAUUAAAAAUAUCGACAUUCCACUAAAGACCUACGAGAACGGCACUCUCCGUGCCAAUAUCUUUUUACCCAAAGAUGCAGCACCCUUUGGGAACAAGACUUAUCCUGUCAUUGCCACCUACGGCCCUUAUGGAAAGGAUGUUCCCUACGGCAUCUUCUACAAAAAGAGCUGGGAGCAACUAAACCCCGACAUGAAGUCUACGCACGCAGCAUGGGAGACUCCAGAUCCUGCUUAUUGGACAAGCAAGGGGUUUAUCGUGGUGAGAGCUGAUGAGCGAGGAGCUGGUCAAAGUCCUGGACUUCUUGAUACCAUGUCCCGAGGCACCAGUGAAGCAUUCUUUGAUGUCAUUGAGUGGGCUGCCGAGCAAGAGUGGUCUUCGGGCAAGGUUGGUCUACUUGGUAUCAGCUACUACGCCGGCACCCAAUGGCGAGUUGCCGCCCGCAAGCCCAAGGGAUUAGCUGCUAUUAUCCCCUGGGAGGGUAUGAGCGACUACUACCGCGAUCGAGUGAGACACGGCGGUAUUCUCUCGGACAAGUUCAUCGAUUUCUGGUGGAACAACGGAGUCAGCCCAAACCAGUACGGAAAGCCGGGUCGUGCUGCUCGGAAAUGGGGAGAGGAUACACUUGAGGGUGAUCUUGAUGAGGAAGCUCUACUGAAGAACCGUCGAGACCAGACACUGGAUACCGCUGUGCAUAAGUUCCGGGACGAAGAAUACUAUCGUACUCGCGAUUUUGAUGUCGAGGCUAUAGAGGUUCCCUUACUCAGCGUAGCCAACUGGGGUGGAAUCCUACUUCAUCUUCGAGGAAAUGUGCUCGGUUGGACACGAGCGAGCUCCAAGUAUAAGUUCCUCCACUUCAUCGUCGGACGACAUGACCUUCCGUUUUACUAUCCAGAAUCAGCCGAAUUGCAACUCUCCUUCUUCAACUCCUUCUUGAAAGAUGAUGAUGUUGACGGCUGGAAGUCCGGCAAGAUGCCUCGAGUUCGUCUCACUCUACGCAAAGGGGAGGCUGGCGUGGACGAUCCUGAUCGUGAGCGAGGAUUCCCCAGCAGAGAUGAGGCAGAUUGGCCACUGCCUGGAACUGAGUACAGAAAGUUCUACCUCACUCCCGAGAACACGUUAAGCGAGAUAUCAACUCCGUCCAUCAACAACGUUGAGUACGACGCGCUAGAAGGAAAAUCUCUGACCUUCCAGUACAAGACCUCAUCCUCCCUCGAACUCACAGGCCACAUUGUCGCUCAUCUUACGGUGGCCGCGUCUCGCAAGUCUCCUGAGGCCCCUUCACCAUCAGAUAUAGACCUGUUCCUCACCCUUCGCAAGAUCAACGUCAGAGGCGAAGAGGUCUUCUACACAGGAACAAUGGGCGACCCUGUACCAAUCGUGAAGGGCUGGCAGAGAGUCUCGCUGCGCAAGAUGGAUGCCAGCAACGUUCUUCACAAGGACUACCUCCCGUUCCGCAAUUACUUCUCGACCGAGGUGGAACCCGUUGAGGAGAACCGAAAGUAUGAGGUAGAUGUUGAAGUAUGGCCCACGAAUGUAGUCCUCGAGCCAGGGGAAACCUUGGUGCUAGAAAUUGCAGGUCACGAUACCCAGGGCGUAGGCAAGUUCUCCCACGAGCACCCGAAUGACCGUGAUCCCAAGGUAUUUGAUGGAAAGAAUGCUAUCACGGUGGGAGGAGAGGCAAGCUGGCUCAGUCUCCCUGUUAUACCUUCUAGUACAUAA